UUGAUUGCAAAUCUCUCUCUCUUCUCUUAACAACUCAUACGUUUGUGGUUUUUGGAACUACGCACGGUCUGGUAUAUGCAUAUAGAAGGUCAAGACCUGCGAGCUUGGCAUUAAUCCAUUAACUGAUUAAUCCAAACGGAAUGGCACCAGAUUCAUCUAAUUAUCUGAAGUCUAGGACGAAACGCCACAAAAGCGCGGCGUCUUUGGCAAUAUGCGGCCUCAGGAUAAUAUUAUUUGGCUGUGCCUUGGCCAUGUUAAUGAGGCCAACUUACGCAGUCAAAAAAGAGCUGUUCGAAGUGGAGGACAGUGUAAUAAAACCGCGCGCGGACGAUGCCAACGGCGUCGAGCAAAUGGGACAUAUGCACUUUCCCUCGACAGAUUAUACCCCAUUCGAAUCAAAGGCCAACUACACCAAUGAAACAAUUUAUUCAACUGCGUUCACAGAUAGUGUGCACAGUUUCACCCACAGUCUAAUUGAUAAGGUCGUAGUAAGAGGGCAUUCAAUACCGCCCGGCUACAUUGUGGUCAAGAACGGAGACACUUUCGCUUUGGGACCCAAUGUGGAGAACAACGAUUGGCGCAGUCUUUUAGCGGAGUAUUUUGUAGCGCUCAUCUGGGUGAUAUUUCUGCUCAUCCUUAUAAUUAUCAUGCCUUUUAUAGGGGUCUGCUAUUGCUGCUUCUGCUGCUGCCAACGUUGCCCACAAGGAUGUCCGUCCUGUGAUAAAACGGAUGACGCUAUCAGACGCUGGAUCUGCGGUAUUUUUCUUGCGAUACUUCUAAUUGGAGUUCUUUUUGGUGUGAUCAUUGCCAUUGGCUCAAAUACAUUAUUGGAUCAUGGCUUAGAAUACACAAGCAAGACAAUGCGCCGCGCCAGCCAAGACACUUGCACCUUUCUGCGCGACACAGCGAACCACAUUGAACAUUUGCUUAUAUAUAACUAUCAAGAGAUGGAUAUGCAUAUGACCGACAUUUUAAUGAAUGCACACCAUCACGUAUUCCUGGACCUGUUGGCUACCUCGAAUGCCAACGCAUUGUUUGAUAUAGAGCGCAUAUUGAAUAGCAUGCCAAGGGCCUUGAUUCUCUUUCGGGAAGUGCACAAAUUGGAAAAGGAUUUGCGUUUCUAUGGCGCACAGCUGCGAGAUGGAUUGCGUACCGUAAAGCGUGACUUGUCCUUUACCCUGGCUGCGCUGUGUGGGAAUAAAGAUUGUCUGAACUUUUUGAAGAACUCGAAUAUCGAGACGCUGGAUGCCUCGAAAUGUCUGCACCUCGAUGAGCUGCCCGUGUCCUCCAAAUACAUUCUGCUUGUCGAUGAACUUAUUCGCAACGACACGAGCCGAAUACCCGCCGAGGCAAUAGAUCGUCUACACUUUAUUGGCGCAAAGAUUAAGAAAGCCAUAGAUCCUGUGACCCCGCCGUUAAUACGCGAUCUGCACGAGGGCAUUUCUCAAUUUCGCAUCCAGGCCCUUAAUAUGCGCAGCAUCAUCGAUUCCGUGAUAAACAGCAUUCACUUUGACACUCUCAAAGGGACCAAGUCGCUCGACGAUGUGUACAGCAAAUUUGGCGUUCAUCGUAAAGCUUUCAAUCUACUUAUCUGCGUGAUGCUCGGGAUAGUAAGUGUUCCAAACGAAGUUCGGCUCGAGCCGGCUUGAGCCCAAUUCCAGCUUAGUUUUU